GUUUUGGGGACGACCUCAACUGCAUCUUCAACGACGACAACGCCGAGAAGCUGGUGCUGCGCAUCCGCAUCAUGAACAGCGACGAGAACAAGAUGCAGGAGGAGGAAGAGGUGGUGGAUAAGAUGGAUGACGACGUCUUCUUGCGUUGCAUCGAGUCCAACAUGCUGACGGACAUGACCCUGCAGGGCAUCGAGCAGAUCAGCAAGGUGUACAUGCACCUCCCGCAGACAGACAACAAGAAGAGGAUCAUCAUCACGGAGGACGGGGAGUUCAAAGCCCUUCAGGAGUGGAUCCUGGAGACCGACGGCGUCAGCCUCAUGAGGGUGUUGAGCGAGAAGGACGUGGACCCCGUCCGCACCACCUCCAAUGACAUCGUGGAGAUCUUCACCGUGCUGGGGAUCGAGGCGGUGCGGAAAGCGCUGGAGCGGGAGCUGUACCACGUCAUCUCCUUCGACGGUUCCUACGUCAACUACCGUCACCUGGCCCUGCUGUGUGACACCAUGACCUCCCGUGGGCACCUCAUGGCCAUCACCCGCCACGGCGUCAACCGCCAGGACACCGGGCCCCUCAUGAAGUGCUCCUUCGAGGAGACG